ACAAUUUUUGCCAGUGGAAGUAUGCUUGAAAAAGGGAAGCAGAUAGCCUAGUGAGGACGAGUGGAUGUGAUGCUAAAUGCAGCAUGUUUGGAGGAAGAACACCUGGGCCAGGACAUGGCCCAGCCUAGCGCCCUGGAAAGCAAAGCUGACAAGGUGGGAGGUAGAUUACUGGGCACCUCAAGAAUUUCCUCACAUGCCAAUCAAGCUGAUGUCCCUACCAUCCUCUACGCUGAAGUAUUAAGGGGAGAGAGCCUGCGAUUCCGGCUCCUAUGACUGGAUGAAUUCCUUGUGGAAUGUCAGAACAAGAGAGGCUGCAGCAGGAAAAUCUUUGUGGAUUCUGCAUGGGGUGUGAGAAGAAGGAAUAAGUCAAGAAAGACUAAGAUUUUUGGCACAAAUGACUGAAAGAAUGGAGUUGCCAUCCUCAGAGGUGGAGAUGCUAAAAGCAGAGCAGGUUUGGUGGCAGGAUGACUUCAGCUUUGGACAUGCUCUAUACCUGAAGGUGGCGAAAUUCAACUGAUCAAAUUGUGCUGGUCUCAGGAGCUACCAAUUGCUCACUCUGUGAUGGAAGGACUAUACCAUACUCCUGCAGCACAGAGGAAAUCCUCUAGGUUCCCUGAAUGUGGUUUCUAUGGAAUGUACGAUAAGAUCCUGCUUUUUCGCCACGACCCUACCUCUGAAAACAUCCUUCAGCUGGUGAAAACGGCUAGCGAUAUCCAGGAAGGCGAUCUUAUUGAAGUUGUCUUGUCAGCCUCCGCCACCUUUGAAGACUUUCAGAUUCGUCCCCACACUCUCUUUGUUCAUUCGUACAGAGCUCCAGCUUUCUGUGAUCACUGUGGAGAAAUGCUAUGGGGGCUAGUGCGUCAAGGCCUUAAAUGUGAAGGAUGUGGGCUGAAUUACCACAAGAGAUGUGCAUUUAAAAUCCCCAACAAUUGCAGUGGCGUGAGGCGGAGAAGGCUCUCAAAUGUUUCCCUUACCGGGCUCAGCACCGUCCGCACAGCAUCUGCCGAGCUUUCCACCAGCGCCCCUGAUGAGCCCCUUCUGCAAAAGUCACCAUCAGAGUCAUUCAUUGGUCGAGAGAAGAGGUCGAAUUCCCAGUCAUACAUUGGACGACCCAUCCAGCUCGACAAGAUCUUGCUGUCCAAAGUUAAAGUGCCACACACUUUCGUCAUCCACUCCUACACCCGGCCCACUGUGUGCCAGUACUGCAAGAAGCUUCUCAAGGGGCUCUUCAGGCAGGGCCUGCAGUGCAAAGAUUGCAGAUUCAACUGUCAUAAACGUUGUGCACCAAAAGUACCCAACAACUGCCUUGGCGAAGUGACCAUUAACGGAGAUUUGCUUAGCCCUGGGGCAGAGUCUGAUGUAGUCAUGGAAGAAGGGAGCGAUGACAAUGACAGUGAAAGAAACAGUGGGCUCAUGGAUGACAUGGAAGAGGCAAUGGUCCAAGAUGCUGAGAUGGUCAUGGCGGAGUGCCAGAACGACAGUGGGGAGAUGCAGGAUCCAGACCCAGACCACGAGGACUCCAACAGAACCAUCAGUCCAUCAACAAGCAACAAUAUCCCACUCAUGAGAGUAGUGCAGUCUGUCAAACACACGAAGAGGAAAAGCAGCACGGUGAUGAAAGAAGGAUGGAUGGUCCACUACACCAGCAAGGACACGCUGCGGAAACGGCACUAUUGGAGAUUGGAUAGCAAAUGUAUUACCCUCUUUCAAAAUGACACGGGAAGCAGGUACUACAAGGAAAUUCCUUUAUCAGAAAUUUUAUCUCUGGAACCAGCAAAACCAUCAGCUUUAAUCCCUAACGGGGCCAGUCCUCACUGUUUUGAGAUCACUACAGCAAAUGUCGUGUAUUAUGUGGGGGAAAAUGUGGUCAAUCCCUCCAGCCCACCACCAAGUAGCAGUGUCCUCACCAGCGGCAUUGGUGCAGACGUGGCCAGGAUGUGGGAGAUGGCGAUCCGGCAUGCCCUCAUGCCCGUUAUUCCCAAGGGUUCCUCCGUGGGUUCAGGAACCAACGUGCACAGAGAUAUUUCUGUGAGUAUUUCGGUAUCAAAUUGCCAGAUUCAGGAAAAUGUGGACAUCAGCACAGUUUAUCAGAUUUUUCCUGAUGAGGUACUGGGCUCUGGGCAGUUUGGAAUUGUUUAUGGAGGAAAACAUCGUAAAACAGGAAGAGAUGUAGCUAUUAAGAUCAUUGACAAGUUAAGAUUUCCAACAAAACAAGAAAGCCAACUUCGUAAUGAGGUUGCAAUUCUUCAGAACCUUCAUCACCCUGGUGUUGUAAAUUUGGAGUGUAUGUUUGAGACGCCUGAAAGAGUGUUUGUUGUUAUGGAAAAACUCCAUGGAGACAUGCUGGAGAUGAUCUUGUCAAGUGAAAAGGGCAGGUUGCCAGAGCACAUAACGAAGUUUUUAAUUACUCAGAUACUUGUAGCUUUGCGUCAUCUACACUUUAAAAAUAUUGUUCACUGUGACCUCAAACCAGAAAACGUGUUGCUAGCAUCAGCUGAUCCUUUCCCUCAGGUGAAACUUUGUGAUUUUGGUUUUGCCCGGAUCAUUGGAGAGAAGUCUUUCCGGAGGUCAGUGGUGGGUACCCCAGCUUACCUGGCUCCUGAGGUUCUAAGGAACAAGGGCUAUAAUCGCUCUCUAGACAUGUGGUCUGUUGGGGUCAUCAUCUAUGUAAGCCUAAGUGGCACAUUCCCAUUUAAUGAAGAUGAGGACAUACAUGACCAAAUCCAGAAUGCAGCUUUCAUGUAUCCACCAAAUCCCUGGAAGGAAAUCUCUCAUGAAGCCAUUGAUCUCAUCAAUAACUUGCUGCAAGUAAAAAUGAGAAAGCGCUAUAGCGUGGAUAAGACCUUGAGUCACCCUUGGCUACAGGAUUAUCAGACCUGGUUAGAUUUACGAGAGCUGGAAUGCAAAAUCGGGGAACGCUACAUCACCCAUGAGAGCGAUGACUCAAGGUGGGAGCAGUACGCAGGCGAGCAGGGGCUGCAGUACCCCACACACCUGAUCGACCCAAGCACUGGCCACAGUGACAGUCCUGAGGCCGAAGAAACAGAGAUGAAAGCCCUCAGUGAGCGUGUCAGCAUCCUCUGAGUCCCAUCCCCUAUAAUCUGUCAAAACACUGUGGAAUUAAUAAAUACAUACGGUCAGGUUUAACAUUUGCCUUGCAGAACUGCCAUUAUUUUCUGUCAGACGAGAACAAAGCUGUUAAACUGUUAGCACUGUUGAUGUAUCUGAGUUGCCAAGACAGAUCAACAGAAGCAUUUGUAUUUUGUGUGACCAACUGUGUUGUAUUAACAAAAGUUCCCUGAAACACUAAACUUGUUCUUGUGAAUGAGUCAUGUUAUAUUUAAUGCAUUAAACCUGUCUCCACUGUGCCUUUGCAAAUCGGUGUUUUUCUUACUGGAGCCUCAGUUUGGUAAGAGUCUACAGAACCUGUCCAUGAAGUAGUUCUGUUCUGUGUGUCCCAUUGGUGUUGUCACUAUAAGCAAACUCUUGAAGAGUAGAUUAUUACCAGUGUUCUAUGAACAACUCCAAAACUCAUGUGGAAAAAACGAAUGAUGGGGGCUGGGGGGUCAGGGGGAUGGAUAUGCAAUCCUAAGAUGCAAAUGCAUGAAAGAGUUUUACUGUAUAGUUUCAAAUCCUUUGCCUGCCUGGUGUGCCUCAGUAUAUUUAAACUCAAGUAAAUGGGCCUAGGUGCACCUACUAUUUUUUAAGCCUGAAUGCCUUAGAAAUAUAACUGCCAUGUAUAGAACAGGUAUAUUUCCCCCUUUCUUACAAUACUCUGCUGUACUAUGGAAAAUCAGCAGCUAAGCAACCUUUUGCCUUUGUGUAUUUUUCAACAAUAACAAAUAAA